AUGCCAAAUUUGGCUUCUUCAGUCUUCAAUCGCAGCAGAUCUUGUGGUGAUUAUCAGCGAUUUUGUUUUCAUCCUUCGUUCAUGUCAGAAUGGAAUCGAAAGAGUCCCGACAACGGUGUCGGUUUGCUGCUCGACGGCAGAAAACCACCUUGGAAGUUGGAUAGAAGCAGAAGCAAAAGCAACGAGUUUAGAUUUAACGCACAAUUAUUCCAGAAUCAUUUGCCUCAACAACCAAAAUUAAAUUAA